AGGAACUUGAAAACAGGAGAGGAAAAUGAAUAGGAAUAUUUUGCUCCAAGUAGAGCGGCUGGUCCAGUUCCACAAGGCUUGCCGACAGUUGCAUAUCCUGUGCAUGAGAAACCAACCGUGCCGACUGCAGACCUCCGCCUUACAGAACCGCUACUUGUCUGCCAAAAAGGAAAAAGAAAAGGUGAAGCAAAAGCUGCCAGUAAUUAAACCGAAACAGAAGAAGGAAGUGGUGCAGGUAUGGCACAACAUGACAGUGACUCUGCUGGCAAAAGCCAUGAAUAAGGAUAUCGAUGACAUUUUUGAGGCUCUCCUGUACACGGACCACGAUUUGGACUCAUUAAAACCAUCGACAAUGCUAAGUGAUGAUGCAAUUAAAGAAGUAAUCAAGAAAUGUGGAAUGAAGUUCUUGUUUGUGGGACAAAAUAAAACAGAAAAAAUCAAGGAAAAUAUUGAUGCUUUAAAAAGGCCCCAUCCAGAUCCUUCUGUUCUAGUGCCCAGGAAUCCGGUGGUAACUAUAAUGGGUCACGUGGAUCAUGGAAAAACAACUCUCCUCGACCAGCUGCGCAAAACUCAGGUAGCAGCAAUGGAAGCUGGUGGCAUCACUCAACACAUUGGCGCGUUUAGUGUGAAUUUACCUUCAGGGAACAGGAUUACAUUUCUCGACACCCCAGGACAUGCAGCCUUCUCAGCAAUCCGGGAGAGAGGGGCAAACGUGACCGAUAUUAUCAUAUUAGUAGUCGCUGCUGAUGAUGGGGUAAUGAAGCAGACAGUGGAGUCUAUUCAGCAUGCCAAAAAAGCUAAUGUUCCCAUCAUCCUGGCCAUAAACAAGUGUGACAAGCCUGAUGCUGAUCCAGAUCGAGUCAAAAAGGAGCUUCUGUCCCAUGACAUAGUGUGUGAGGAGUUUGGAGGGGACAUUCAGUCGAUUAAUAUAUCUGCGCUUAAGGGGGAGAAUCUUCAUGCCCUCUCUGAAGCCAUUGUGACAUUAUCAGAAGUAAUGGAGCUGAAGGCUGACUCCUCAGGCUUGGUGGAAGGAACAAUUAUUGAAUGCCGGACAGACAAAGGAAAGGGGCCAGUGACCACAGCCAUUGUGCAGAGAGGAACGCUUAGAAAGGGAGCGGUGCUGGUGGCAGGAAGGGCCUGGGGUAAGGUCCGGCUGAUGUUUGAUGAAAACAACACCAUGCUGAGUGAGGUGGGGCCCAGCAGGCCCGUGGAGAUAGUUGGCUGGAAAGAUCUUCCAUCUGCUGGGGAUGAAAUCCUGGAAGUGGAAUCUGAGCAACGGGCCAGAGAAGUUGUGGAAUGGAGGACACAUGUAGAAGAGGAGGAAAGACUCAACAAGGACCUGGAGCUGAUAUCGGCUAAACAACAAGAGCACAGGCAGACUCAUAGGAAGACCUUGGAUGCUUUCUAUGGCAUGAACUGGAAACAGAAAAAUGCAGCCUUGUUCAGAGCUAACAGACAUCUGGUAUUUCAUAGACCAUCGGAAAAGAUGAGCAGUGACAAUCCCACGGUGCCUCUUAUAAUAAAAGGUGAUGUAGACGGGUCACUAGAAGCCAUUCUUGAUGUCAUUGACACAUAUGAUGCUCAUGAGGAGUGUGAACUGAACUUGGUCCAUUUUGGCAUCGGGGAUAUCAGUGAGAGUGACAUUGUUCUUGCAGAAACGUUUAACGGUUAUAUUUAUGGAUUCAAUGUGAAUGCUAACAAACCUGUCCAGCAGCUUGCAGCUAAGAACAACAUCCCCAUCAAACUCCAUAAGAUUAUCUACCAUCUUGUUGAAGAUCUGAAGGAAGAGCUGAGCAGUAAACUGAUCCCAGCAACAGAAGAGGUUGUAAAAGGAGAAGCAUCUGUUCUGGCUUUAUUUGAUGUUACUGCGGGGAAUAAGGUCGUCCAGGUGGCGGGGUGCAGAGUUCAAAAAGGCGCCCUAGAAAAAAAAAUGAAAUUUAAAUUAAAGCGCAAGAAUAAUGUUAUCUGGACAGGCACUUUGACGUCUCUGAAGCACCACAAGAAUGAUGUGCAGAUCGUCAAGACAGGAGUAGAGUGUGGCCUAAGUAUUGAAGAUAGUGACAUUGAAAUAGAAGUUGGAGAUGAAAUCAUUUGCUUUGAGGAGAAGACAAUACCAAGGAGAACAUCAUGGGAUCCUGGAUUUUAAUCCGUCUUUUUCAAGGUAAAAAUGUU